GACUUUUCCAAGCUGCCCGUCGACGCCGUCGUGGACUGCUACCGGAACUCAAAGAUCCGCGCCAUCUUCCUGGAUAACGAGGGCACGCUGUCGAACGACAAGCGCAACGAGAGCCGCCAGUGGGGCGCCAUCUCGGACCUCGACAGCCGGGGCACGGGCCCCGACAAGAACGUCCUGGACUGCCUGCGGAAGCUGUGCGAGGACCCGAGGAACAUCGUGGUCAUCCUGAGCGGCCGGAACCGGCAGUGCAUGCAGGACUGGUUCGGCUCGGUGAAGGGCCUCGGGCUCGCGGCGGAGCGCGGCUACUACUACAAGGUUCCGAAUUUGUGGGUUCCCCAGUGGCACUGCAUGGACCUCACCUCGGACAUGUCCUGGAAGGACCAAUGUUUCGCCAUCAUGGCGCAGUUUGUGAAGCGGACUCAGGGCAGCUUCAUUGAGAACAAGGGCAGCGCGCUGGUGUGGCAGUACCGCGAGGCGGACCAGGUGUUCGGGGCCUGGCAGGCCCGGGAGCUGGCAGGCAGCCUGCAGGAGCUCGCCUUCGGCUUCGACAUCCAGGUCGUUGAGGGCAAGGGCUACGUGGAGGUGAAGUUGCGCGGCGUCGACAAGGGCGUGGCCGUGGCGACGGUGCUGUCCAAGAUCUCGCGCUUCUACGGGGAGGUGGACUUCGUCCUGUCGAUAGGGGACGACAGGAGCGACGAGGACAUGUUUUUGGCCGUCCAGGCCGCCAUGAAGGACCUCGAGGAGGAUUCAGCUUUUGGCGACGAGGAGGACGGAUUGGAAAUGCAGCAGGCCCAGACGGAUUGCCACGAUGAGCCCAGGCGUGCUGGGACCACGCCUGGCGGCUUCGCUGGGGAGCCGUCGCUGCCGCGGCACAACAGCGACGACAUGGGCAGCCUGGGCAGAACCUCGCUGGGGACGGUGCUGCUGCACUGGCGGCGGCAGCAGGGGCGGUCGGGUCGACAGGCUGGGCAGCGCUGA